AUGGGAGAACAGAAGCACAUCGUGGCCAAACUGGCGGCUGCCUUUCAGGUCCGACAUGUCCUCCUGCGUCAGGCGCUGGCUGAAUGUCUCGGGACUCUGAUUCUGGUGAUGUUUGGUUGUGCUUCCGUUGCGCAGCUGGUGCUAAGCCGAGGGUCCCACAGCACGUUCCUCAGCGUCAACUUGGCCUUUGGUUUCGCUGCGACUUUGGGGAUUCUUGUGAGCGGUCAGAUCUCAGGCGGUCAUCUGAACCCGGCGGUGACCUUCGCUCUGUGUUUACUCAGGAGGGAGCCCUGGAGGAACUUCCCCUUGUACUUUUUCUUUCAGACCCUCGGAGCGUUUCUGGGUGCAGCGGUCGUGUUCGGCCUUUAUUCAGAUGCGUUGCUGGACUUCAGCCAGGGCGAGCUGAUCGUGGUGGGGGAAAACGCUACAGCCGGAAUUUUUGCCACGUAUCCAUCACAACAUCUCAGCGUGGUUAACGGAGUCCUCGAUCAGGUUAUUGGAACAGCUGCAUUGAUCGUCUGCAUCCUGGCCAUAGUUGAUCCACACAACAAUCCAACUCCCAAAGGUCUGGAGGCGUUCACUGUAGGCUUUGUUGUGCUGGUCAUCGGCCUGUCAAUGGGCUUCAACUCUGGCUAUGCUGUGAAUCCAGCCAGAGACCUUGGACCGCGCAUCUUCACAGCUAUGGCAGGCUGGGGUGGAGAGGUUUUUACGUGA